GAGACUCUUAAACCAACCCCUCUCUUCUAUUUCUCUCCCUAAAACUCCCAAAAAUGUCUCUGUGAGGAAGAAAUCAAACAAACACAGAAUGGGUCUUCUCUAUCUCCUUCUCCACUGCUUCUUAUUAUUAUCAAUACCCAUUGUUACAGUGUUCUCAGAACCCAAUUCAAGAACAAAUAUUAUCGUUGAUUCAAAAGCAGGAACAACAGAUUCAGUAAUCUGGGUUGUUCAAUUAUCUGAUCUUCACUUCAGUGUCCAUAAUCCUGAAAGAGCUAUUGAAUUCAAAGAAUUAAUUGGUCCAGCUCUUUCUAUCAUCCACCCAUCUCUAGUUCUUAUCACUGGUGAUCUUACAGAUGGGAAGAGCAAAGAUUUACUAGCAAUGAAUCAAAAUGAAGAAGAGUGGAAAGAAUAUGAACAAGUGACUGAGGAAGUUAUUAAAAGGAGUGGCAUUGACAGGGAAAGGUUUUAUGAUUUAAGAGGUAACCAUGAUAAUUUUGGUGUGCCAGAAGUUGGUGGGGAAUUGGAUUACUUUUCCAAGUAUAGUAUUAAUGGGAGAUUGGGAAGGAAAGGCCAUGUUCAUAGUGUUACACUACAGAGUGGGGGACGGAGGCAUAUGUUUGUUGGAAUUGAUAGCACAAUGAGAGUUGGUUUACGUGGUCCGACGAAUCUAUUUGGACAUCCAUCUGAUAAACUACUAGCUGACUUGGAUGACGAACUCGCGCAAUGGGAUUCUCAACCUACCACACCAGUUACUAAAGUUUCCUUUGGUCACUUUCCGCUCUCAUUCUCAGCCGCCACAGAUUCUGGGAAGACACUGAAAGAUGUAUUCCUGAAGCAUUCUUUAUCAUCCUACCUGUGUGGGCAUCUUCAUACAAUGUUUGGUAAUUUGAAGCGACAUCAUCAAUCUGGACAUAACUUUUUAUCACUGGAGAAGUAUUUCCAACCAAACGUCCACCAGAAUACUUAUGAAAGUAACACAGACAAUGUUAAUUGUUCUAAUGGAGAAUCAUCUGUUAAAGAAUUCUGGGAGUGGGAAAUGGGAGAUUGGAGAAAAAGCAGAGUCAUGCGAAUCUUGGCUAUUGAUUCAGGUCUGGUCUCAUUUGUAGACAUCAAGUUGAAUAAGUCAGAAUCUGAGAAGACAAUCAUACUUCCUACUUUUCCUCUUGAUUCACGCUACAUGCUAACAACUUCGUCUCUCCACGAUUACUACUGUCAGACCAAGGAUCCGUUGUUUUACGAAUCCAUAAGAGCUUUAGUAUUCUCAAGAUUUGCGAUUGUUUCAGUUACCGCAAAGAUUUAUGAUUCAAGUCCUGGAAAGCUUGAUAUGGUGUUGGAUGCAACAAUGAGAAAGCUUGAGGAGAACUCCACUACAGGAAAUCUCUAUGCUGUUCCAUGGAAUUGGAGAGCCUUUGAGGAUGGUUCUCCUGAUCGAUACUGGUUGCAGAUAGAAGCAGUUGACACUAUGGGUGGAUCAGUUCUUAGUGAAAUAAGACCAUUUUCGAUUAAUGGAGUUACUUUGAAGAUCAGGUGGACGUGGAAGGAGUUUCUUGUGAUGGGUUGCCAAUGGGCUUCUCUUUAUCAUCCAAUUCUUUGGUCAAUUCUUUUCUCUCUCUUUUCCAUACUUCUUUUUUCAAGAGCUCUCCUGACAUUCUCGAAGAAAAAUUACUCGUUUAAGAGUUUCAGUGUGGAGAAAGGAUUCUCAAGUGGCCUUCUAUGGCUUCUAACAGAAUUAUCUAGGAUUUCAUCUGUUUGGUGUAGUAUUGUGGUUUAUUUGAUAUAUUUGGUAUUCUUCCCAUGGUUUUUUGGACAAGUUUUAACUGUGGAUGGGGAUAAGGGAUCCAUGACCUACAAAGGUUGGACAGUUGAUAAACAAGUACAUAUUGGUUUUCCGGAUAUCAUGGUGAUUGUUAUUCCUCACCUUGUUUUCGUUGUUUUGCCCACUGUUUUGGUCAUAUGGGCAUUGGCUACUGAAAGAACAGUAUAUCGGGAGCAUUACUUGUCUCAAUCAGCUAAGAAAGAAGAUGAUUAUGUUAGAGUGCCAAAGCGACAUGUAAAGAAUGAUUACCAGAACAGUAGAAGAUUGAAGCUGCUCCGCGGUAGGACCUGGGUGAGAAUACUUCUGGUCAUAUUUUGCUUGAUUAUUUGCUGGAAGCAUUGGAAGAGUUGUAGAGCUAUGUCAAAGGCCUAUGAAAUGAACCCAUUUCUUCACUUCCCUGUAUAUUGCUUUUCUGUUCCAUUACUACUGGCUUACGCAUUUUACAAGACCAUGGGAGUGCAAAUCUGAACACAGAAGUUCCCCCAAGGGGUAAAAUUUCCAAGUUCAGUAAGGUUUGUCCUGUCAAUCUCUCAGAUCAACAGAGAACCACGAAAUGAAGUAGAACUGCCGAAGAAAACAAGAAAGGUUCAAAUUUGAGUAUGCAAAAAAGACAGAGUUAAACAUCAAGUUGCGCUUGUUGGGAUGUUGGUGGAAACUGUUUGGAUCUGUAUGCCCGAAAAGCUUAACAUGGUAUGAUAUCAUUGAGCACAGAAACAAACUCUCAGUUCUUACGUCCUAAACAUUCACUUGAUCUUGCUAGAUUGGUUGAUGAUGAUAUCUUCAGAUGAAUACAUAAUACAGAAACAUAAUAGAAAGAAAUGGAAAAUAAGGCGGUUGAAAGAGGUAUUGUUUUAAAUCCUGAUCAAUGGAAUUCUAAUUCCAAAAAUGCAGAUUAAUCUUUCUAUUUGAAUCUUCAUUCAAGCUCCACUAAGCACUCUAGCUCGUGAGAUUCAUUUUUUUUUUUGGGUUACGAAAAAUCUGCUGACAUGUUUGAAGGAUACUAAACCUGAUAAAAAGUUGGUAGCGACUUUUAAUACUCUGUGCAUGCAUUUGUCUAAGAAAA